CACCUGUGCAACGCCUGCAAACCUGCCCCAGAUGGUGAGAGAUUUGAACACACGCCUAACCGCCUCGCAGCUGGUUGGACUCAACCCAGGGGAAUCCACACCACAAGCUGCCCCAACCUCUCAGUACAACACAUGUCCGAGGAACGUAACCGGUGACUGGUGGCCGAGACCUGAAGUUAACUUGAGGUCAACUUGUCCAUGGAAACUUCAGCAAGUCGAUCUUGGCGUCAACGCUUUUCCAAGAUACGUCAACACUGCUGUAUGUCUGUGCAACAACGGCUGCAUUGGCUCUCCAUCUAUGAGAUGUAUGGAGGUAACCUACGAUGUGACCUACUUUAAUCGCAAAGGAUGUGAGAAUGGACUGGCUGUGAUGGAACCUAGCAAGUAUACGGUCAACAUUGGAUGCCACUGUGUGGGCGCCUUGCAACAGCCAACUAUACCAGACCACAACAGCGAAUAG